UUUGACAGUUUACAUUUAAAGUUAAGAUGGCGAGUGUGCGAGACAGCGACACAUCAUUGUGGCUGCAUAAUAAACUCGGAACAUCAAAUGAUUCUUGGAUUAGUGGUUCAAUAUGUUCACAAUUGAACAAGGAAGUGUUGCGCAAUAUCAAGGAGUGCUUUCCCGAUCUCCAGACACAAGUGAAACUCAAGUUAUUGCUAAGUUUUUUCCAUAUUCCUCGUCGUCUUGUCGAAGAGUGGAAAGCCGAGCUAGAGGAAGUCAUAGAAGUUGCUGGCCUAGACUCGGAACUAUGGGUGUCCAUGCUAGCCGAAAGUAUGAAGACAUUUCCGGCGACCAGCUCGCUCAAUACAGAGAUCUCGGACUACGAAGAUACACGCCCCAUUUUCACCGACAUGGUAAAUGAUUUACGCAAAUUAGUUGCCAAACACAGUGAUUUGGGUAUGCUACCCUUGGAAUGUCAAUAUCUAAAUAAGAAUGCAUUGAUAUCGGUGGUUGGCCAACAACCCAAUCCUGUUAAGCAUUUUACAAUCAAACGCAAACCAAAAAGUGCCGCUUUAAGAACUGAGCUUCUUCACAAAUCUGCAGAUGCCCAGUCCUCUCUGAAGAAGACGUCAGCGCCGACAAUUCCGCUGAGAUCACGCGGUAUGCCGCGCAAAAUGACAGACACAACACCUCUGAAAGGUAUACCUUCGCGGGUGCCAACGUCGGGCUUUCGCAGUCCCAGUAUUAAUGCACCAAAUGCUCAGCGCCCCAACAUGAGUCGAACACCUGCUGGUCGUAAAGAUGGUGGUAUUAAAUUAAUUGAAUUGUCCGAACAGCCUCUGGGAUAUGCUGCAGCCAAGAAACGCAAACGCGAGCAACAGCUGGAGGAACAGCAGCGUAAACAGGAGCAAAAGGCGGCUGCGGCCGCUGCUGCUGCUCAAUCUGCCACAGAUGGUAGUAGUACGUCACCUUCCACAAAUAACCAUAACAAUCCUAGUGGUCAGCCAGGCAACAAGGAACCGAACACACCGACUACACCAACUUCGGCUAAUAACAGUUUUGAAAUUAAAACUGAAAGUAAUCUGAAUCAAAGUCAAAGUAGUAGUGCUGACGAAGGUGGCCACACAUCAGACUCGAAGGAGGAUAUAAAACCGGAUAUUAGCCAAACAGUUGUUACAAAGACGGAGCCAACAACUACAUCUACACCGGAAUAUGCUCCGCCUUCAUUAAGCUACAAUCAGAAUGCUACAUCGGGUAUUUUGGAUAAUGCUAAUUCUGCCAUCAAAAUCGAAGAUUCGAAGCCCAAUACCCACAAGCUUAUUGACUACAUCAUUCAACAACAACAACAAACGUUUUCAGAUAAAUCUGGUAUGCAGCAGCAGCAACAACAACAGCAGCAGCAUCAACAACAAUCUCCUCAGCACCAACAACAAAAUCAACAGAACAACCAGCAUACCACAAGUAGCAGCAACACCAAUAAGAACAACAGCUUGAGUCACGCCCAUAAACGUAUUAAACAGGAAAUAAAAAUAGAAAGUGAGGAGAUUAUCGUCCCAGCCAAUAUAAAGGUGGAGAAAAUAGAUCCACCGCCGUUAACACAACAAACCCAAACAAAUACCUUGGGUGUUCAACGUUCACAGCAACAGCAGCAACAACAACAUACACAACAAAGGGUCAUUAUUCAGCAGCAGCCAUUGGCAACUGUGCAGCAGAUUCAACAAGCGGUAACCACGACCCAACAACAACAACAGCCAACACAGCACGUCAUUAUACGUACGUCUCCGCAACAGCAGAAACAGACCCUGACCGUCAGACAACAAAAUACCCCAACUACGCCAAUCAAAAUGGAAAAAUUGGAAAUAAAGCCGUUAGUACGUAACACAGCUCAAUCUGGUACGAUUAUAACGCAGCAACAGCCAGUGCGGCCGGUUGGCAAUACUGCGGCUAGCACUGCCAGUCACAACAAUCCUUUGGCCAAUUUACCCAACAACAUUUCGGUGAAAAUAACAUCAACAAAGACCGGUAAAGUGACCCAGACAAGUCAGCCACAAUCCCAGCAGCAGCCAAUUCUGAUUAAUAGCUCCACGCCGGUAAUAUUGGCAUCAACACCAUCUCAAACGGCAGCGAUGCGACAGAAGCAAUUGGCCUCAGCUACCGCAUCCACCCAAAAUGCCACACCACAAACAGCCCAGGCUAUAAAGUCAAUGCCGUUAAGCCAACUGAAGAAUGCUACCAACAGUGGUCCCGUUAUAAUAUCUCAAACAAUUAUUCAACCAGCCAAGAGGGCACAGCAACAACAGCAGCAGCAAAGUAGUCAGCAACAGGCACAGCAAACUCAAAUAAUCCAACAACAACAGCAGCAGCAACAGGCACAAUCGACGACCACAACACAAUACAUACUGACUCAGCAACAGCAGCAACCUCAACAACAACAGACCCUACCCACUUUAACAACAUUUACAACACCUCAGCGUCAGCAGCAGACAUCAUACCAAACGACACCAACUACACCACAAACGCCCACAUCCGCCAAGAUUCUACUCAAGACGUCGCCCACAUCCUCUGUUGUUAUUCGUCAACAAACUCAACCGACUGCUACUCAGCAAAUAGUAAGCGGUAAUGCUGGUAAUCCUCCUCCCCUAAUAGCUUCCUCAUCGUCGCCAUCCUCGGCUACAUCCGCGCAGCCAACGCUUUUGAAUAUACAAAAUGUGCAAUUGCCGAAUCGUCCCGUUACCAUACAGCCCGCAUCACACGCUGCCCAACAACAGCACAUGCAAGCGCAGCUUCAACAGCAACAACAUACGUUGGUCUCCAACAAUACCGCUACACAACAACCUAAACUGACCCAAGUCCUGAUGCAGCCUGGAGGCAAUGCAACUACUGUUGGUGGACAAACAACCGUGGGGGGCAACUCCAACGUUAAGAAUAAGACAAUUAUUUUAACCCAGAAGGGUGUAUUCCUUCGGAAUAUUGGCGGCGAUAUGUAUCAGCAGAUCCCGAUUAGCAACGUGAGUGGUUUGCAAACGCUUGGUUCCGGUGCCACUACGCUUAUGACAACUGCGGCUGGUCCGCCUGGACUUGUGAAAACAACAUCGGCAACCACAACUCUGCAACAGCAACAACCUCAAACAAUAACACUGCAACAGCAGCAGUCGCAGACGCAGCCAAGCACACAGACUACACAAAAACUGACGACAUUAAUACCAACACAACAGCAUAUGAUCGUACAACAGCAGCCACAGGCUACAACAAGUUUAAUACAAACAAAUCAACCUUCCCAACAAACCAUCAUCAGACCCGUAAUGACAAAUGUUCAAAGUGGUGGCCUAACAACGACAUUGCCCGGUGGAUUAACCCUAAUUCAGAGGCCAGGUCAACAACCACAACUGGUCCAAGUUCAAACUACCCCGGUCCAGACAUCGCAGCAGCCGGCCACACAAAUACAACGUACCAUCAUUACACAACCGGCCUUGCAACAACACCAACAGACAACACAACUGCGUCCUCAGCAAAUUGUGUUACAACAAAAACCUGCCGCUACACAACAACGUUUGAUAACGACCACUACGACAGGUGGCAUGACAGGGGCGACAACGGGUGGCACACAGCAAAUUCAAUUGCAACAAACUAAUACGGGUGGUAUACAGCGCACUCAUAUUAUUCAAAUGCCGCAGCAGCAACAACAGCAGCAGCAACAGCAAGCUGCGCCACAGCGUAAAGGGUUAUCACUGUCGAAUGAACACGUUCAUAAAGCCCACGAAAUGUUUCGCAAAGCGAAUCGUGUUUCCCGCCCUGAUAAAGCUCUGAUUCUCGGCUUUAUGGCUGGGCUGCGAGAAAAUCCCAGACCAAAUUCAGAAAAUGUGAUUGUUAUUAAAUUGGGGGAAACAGAGGAAAAAGUCCAACAGGAAGAUGGUCAGACGGCACUUUGUUUGGUAGAGUCCCACAUACGUUUAGAUUACAAUACGGGAGAGUGGAAAACAUUCCAGAACUACAGACGUCUUGAUCAGACGAAUCAGAGUUCUAGCGAUGGCGGCGGAGGUAAUGUUAUGCAGACACAAAAUUCGGUGGUGAUAUAAUGAAUAAGGCCCGCUGGAACCACGACGGGCCCCACAACAUCAAAACGUAUAAAAAAAUAAAUGAAAUACAUAA